UGUCUUUUUCCUUAUAAGUGCAUUCCAGAUCCAGAGAGUGAGAGGGAGAAAGAGAGAGAGUGAAUUUGCCCACUGCACCGGCAAGAGCCUCACGCCCUCCUCCUCUCUUACCUGCAACUGGGAGCGCAACCACUGCCACCACCUUCUCUUCUCUAUUCCUCCCACGGCUAGCUGCGUGGUUUGGCAGAUCCAACGCGUCUCAUUAAAACUUUUCCAUUUAUGCUUUCCUUCACAGUUCACAUACACUUGUAUGUACAUCCACCCACGCUGCAUCUGCAGAUUCAGUAUUUAUAAGCUCCCCCUCCUUCCCACCACCUGUAUCUAGUUUAUUUCAAUUCUCAAGUUCAUCUCACCCACCGCCCCACCCACCCACCUCCAUCCCAUCCUUUUGCCACUCGUCAGUUAUCACUUCACUUUCUAGUUGCUAAUUGCCAUCAUCUUCUUCUUCUUCUUCUUCCUCCUCCUCCUCCUCCUCAUCCUGAUUCCUCCUCUUCUCUGUACCAUUUCCAAACCACUUCUCUGUCCCUGCACGUUUUGCUUUCUGCUUCAAAAUUUGAAGUUAACCAAUAGUAGAGCUCAGAAGAAGCGGAGGCUGAGUUACCCACACUCACCCACUUGGCUUCUCCAUCAGUAAUCUCAUUGUCACUUCUGUGGAUUCUGCACUGUACGUGGUUGAACGUGACGAGCGUCAGAGACUCGGAAUCAUCGCUGUCUCAUUAAUGAGCAAACGACUCCUCCCCUAAUCAUCGGGUUCCCAUUUGCCAAUCCCCUCCCCAUCCCAUCCACCUUGAAACCACCAAACAGUACUUUAAUUUAAUUAAUUCUCAACUCACUCUCUGUUUUUCCAAACAUCAAAUUCAAAUCGCUUUCUUGUUUCAAACCCAACACCCACCCCCCCCCCCCCCCCCCCCGGCCCGGUUAACAAAAUAAACAAUUGAUUCCUGAAAAACCCGUUUGGGUGAUCGAUCGAUCGAUUGAGCGCGAUGGGGAAUUGCCAAGCGGCGGAGGCAGCCACCGUAGUUAUUCAGCAUCCGGGACGUAAGAUCCAGAGGAUUUACUGGUCCGUGAGCGCCCACGAGGUGAUGGCGUCAAACCCCGGCCACUACGUCUCCCUCGUUCUCACCUCCUCCGCCGGCUCCGACGGCGUGACCCCCUCGAAGCAGCUCAAGCUUCUCCGACCCGAUGACACCCUUGUCAUCGGGCAUGUCUAUCGACUCAUCAGUUUCGAAGAUGUUUUGAAGGAGUUCAUGGCGAAGAAGAGCGUAAAACUGGGGAAGCUGUUGAAGGAGACGGGGGGGCUAGGGGUGGAGAAGAAGAGAGAAGCGGGUGGUUCGAAUCCGAGUAUGAGACCCACCGGUCACGGCCCGGCUCAGGAGGAGCGGGAAGUUCAUCUGGUUGGGGGCAGCAGCAGCAGCAGCAUGGGCAGCAAUGGCAGAGGAUAUGGGGUGGGAAGUGGAAGGCACUACGGAUAUGGAGGUGCAGGCCAAUGGAAACCAGCCCUACACAGUAUUGCAGAGGUUAUUGGAACUUGAACAAAUAUAUAUAUAUAUAUAUAUAUAUAUAUUCCCUCCCUCCCAUCUUCAUUACCGCCAUCUCAUUCUCCCACUGUCCCACUACUUAUUGUAGAACCAAAAAGAAAAUAGCCCACAUCUCUCUCUCUAAGCUGGAAUUGAUUUCUCAUGAAGCAGUACUAUAUAUAUAGCAUUCUCUGUUGUAGAGAAGAAGCCCUCUGCUAAAAUGUGUAAUCAGCUGCUCCUUAUAUGUAUACAUGGUUGUUCCUUCUUCCU